AUGGCAAGAUCCGACGAAGCCGCAGCGUUCUUCUUCACAGUGUACAGGGCAGUCCAAGAGAUCCCCGAAGGCAAAGUCACGAGCUACGGCCACAUCGCGAAGCUAGUCGGAACUCCUCAGCGACCGCGUCAAGUGGGAGUCUGUCUCAAGCACCUGUCGCAGGAUGCGGGCGCACGGUACAACCAUGAGAGCGUCCCCUGGCAGAGGGUGAUCAACGCCAAGGGGGUCAUAUCACCACGAUCACAGCCAUCUGGUACACGCAAUCAGGCAGCCGCACUCCAAGCAGAAGGGGUCACUGUCACUACAGGCGCACUAGGAGAAUUGAUGGUGGACCUUGGAGAAUUUGGCUGGUUUCCCAAUUCUCUACCGUCUGACCAGGAUGAGAAAGACGAGUCAGAGGAUGGGAACGAGGACUAG